GGUUCUUUUUUAUUUUUAUUUACGUUUCUAUUGAAAACGAAAAUGUAUACGUGAAUUUUAUUUGAAGGUCUUUUAUUUAAUGAAUGAAUAACAUUUUGUAAACAACGAUGGAAAACCCAGCUUUGGAGUUGGAAGUGAUUUCAAAAAAGCAAGAAGAUGAGAAAAAAGAAGUAAUUGAGCCUGCAGUGACACAAGCACUCGUUGACGAAGUCGAUGCUGGACUUCGUUCUGUGAAAGUCGAAAACAAAGAAGAAGACAAACUCGAUGGAAUUCGUAGGAAGGUGGCAUUAAAGCCAUCUCCGUUGCUGUACGGGAAAAAAGAAGUUAAAAAACGUGAUAAAGCACUUACGUUAUGGGCUAAAAUUUGGCGUAGAAUACGAUAUGCAUUGCCGGUUCUUUUGAUUGUCAUCAUGAUAGCAAUUAAUCAGUCGAUUCACAAACGCGAGACAAAUCAAAAGAAGCCCCAUAGUCAAAUUGACUAUGAAAGACUUUUCCAGGUGCUUGAAAAAGACACGCCUUUGCUCAAAGAAUGGCAAAUGCAGGAAAUUGUACGAAGAUUUUACGUCUUUAACUGGACAAACAGUGAAGAAAUUGGAAAUUUUCCCUCUGUGAAGCCAAAUUUUCAGGAAGUUGGUCCUUUUGUCUUUGAUGAAAUGUUGAAAAAAAUCGAUUUGGCUUUCGAUGCAAAUGGAAAUCAAGUUUCUUUUGGAUUGGAACGCACCAAAAUCUUCAAUCGUGAAGCUUCAGUGGAUGAUCUUGAAGUAAAAGUCAUUUCCGCUGCUGAUUCAACGACUCUAAGUAGUAUCAGUGAAGUCUUAUACGGUUCCUUCUUAACUCCAGUUCCGUAUUUUUACCAUCAAAAUAUCACUUCUGAGAGAAAAGGGCUCUUCAAGGUGUUCACUGGUAACGAUAAACGUGAAACCAUGAACCAAUUAGUCGAUCGGGCUCCAAUAACUCUCGGUGAAGUGUGGUCUACUCUUUCAACGCCAGAUUUCACGCAUCCUUUACAAAUUUACUCACCCGAUACGUGUCUUAGUGUUAGUUUUAACGACAUUCAACUCACGGAAGGAGCUCGACAAUGGGCAAGUAGCUGCAUCGAAAUGGAAAGCCAAACGGAAAAGUGUCACGUCGUUAAGACAGUUAAUCGUUGCAGAGGUCACAGUGCUCCAUUGGUGAUUUCUUUUCCGCACUUUUUCACGGACAAAAAUUACGAAUACGAUGAAACUAUAACGCAAAAUGUCGCAGGUCUCAAAGCUGAUAAAAAGCAACAUCGACCAUAUGUGAGAUUUGAGUUAAAAACUGGAAAAUUACUCGAAAAAAGAAUGAGAUUGCAAUUCAAUUACGUUUAUAAAGUGGCACGGACUGGAACUGAAAUCGUAAUGCCUCUAUUUUGGUAUGAGGAAACCCUAUUGACUGAAAGAAGCCUUUCAUAAAAAAAACUCAGGAAUAAAAUUACUAAAAAAAUUAGUAAAAAGUCAAAAAUUAUAUUUUUAAGUUGUUUUUCGGAAGCAAAUUUCGAAGAAAAACCACAAAUUUCCAUUUUUUUCUGUUUUUAUUGAAUUUUAACUUUUUAUCCUAAUUAAGUCUUAAUUUUAUAU